AUGUCCCGCUCUGCUGCCGACCGAGGCUGCCUGGUGUACGUGGGUAACUUGCCCGACGACAUUCGCGAGCGUGAGAUCGAGGACCUGUUCGCCAAGUAUGGACGGGUCCGUCAGGUGGACCUGAAGACCCCCGCCCGCCCCCCCGCGUUCGCAUUCGUGGAGUUCGAGGAUGGCCGUGACGCUCAAGACGCCUUCCGCCCCCGCUCCACUGGCUUCCGCGUGACCGUGCGCGGCCUGCCCAUGUCUGCCAGCUGGCAGGACCUGAAGGACCACUUCCGCAAGGUCUGCACCCCCUCCUACACCAACGUCAUCCGCGAGCGUGGCGAGGCGGUCGGCGUCGUGGAGUUUGACAACGAGGAGGACAUGGACCGCGCCAUCCGCAAGCUGGACGACACCGAGUUCAAGAACCCCUUCGAGAAGGCGUCCCUCUGGCCAGCGGAGUGGCUGGUGCCGAUGGGAGCCCGACGCGCGUGCCGCUUGGGCUGA